AUCCCACCUUUUUAUCUUUUUUUUUUUCCUUUUUUAAAAUUUUUAAAAUUUUUAUUUAUUUUUUGUUUUCUUUUUUUGUUAAAGUUAAUUCCACUACUUGGCUUAGCAUGCAUUUUUAAAAUUAAACAGUUUCUCCUUGCUCAGGGGGAAGAAAAAAAUCCAUAAUCUACAAGUUUCCUGUUGAGAAGAACCUGCUACUUUUACAUUCCAAAACCAGGUUUUUUGGUUUCUUUUCAGAUUCAGUUUGACGUAUCUUUUUCAUAAAGAAGCAGUCAUAGCACAAAUGUAAGUCUUUAAAAUAAAUAAAAUUUAGAGAUGACCAAAAGGUGGAAGAAUGCUGUUUUCUGCUGGGGCACUGUCUUUUGUUUUGGUAUCUUCAGCCCCUGCUACAUAAACUCCCAGCUGUUCCCAACAGUUUCAUUGCUUUUUAUGGAAUGCAGCUGUGAGGUAGUGACUUUUUUUAAUUAGUGCCGAAACCAUCCAUCAUGCAAGUCUUAAGGAGUGUUUCUACUUGGAUGUUUUCAUAUUUGGAUGAUCCUGUGCAAGUUUUGAUAAACUUUGAAAAAGGCGUUGGAGUAAGAAAAGACAGUUUUAUGUUGUGAUUGCUUUGAAUGUUGCUGUCUUUUAUGUUUUGGGCUGUAAUGCUUCUCUGUUUUUCCUAAAUAGGGAUUAAAAUUAGAAAAUAGUAGCUCUGCUGUGCCUCAGAAACUUUCAGAGCUAAUCUGAAUUAAGUGGGACAUGCAGGAUCCCAGUUUUUCGAAGUUGCUUCUGUUGUCAGUUUUUCUAUAAUACUGUCGAAGUGCUGGGUACAUAAUAUUUUCAUUAUCUGUUUUUUUUUUUUUUUUUUUGCUUGUGGUGUGGAAACAUUAGGUGCAAAGAAAAGUCUACCUUCAUGUGACGGCAGAGAGUAUCUCAGCUGUACUGCAUUAAAUAAGAUGAGUGGAUUGGAGCAGCACCUGAGACUCACAGGUGUUUUUGUCUGGGCUAAUUUUUUUUCACAGUACUAGUAUAGGACUGUUUUGGAUUUGUGCUGGAGACAGUGUUGAUAACACAGGGAUGAUUUUCCUUACUGUUGAGCAGGGCUUGCACAGAUCCAAGGCUUUUUCUGCCUCCCACCCCACCAGUGAAGAGACUGAGGGUGCACAAGGAGCUGGGAUGGGACACAGCUGGGACAGCCCACCCCAGCUGACCCAACAUAUAUCCUAUAACAUAUGGAGUCAUGCUCAGCAUGUAAAAUGGGAAGAAGGGAGGAAUGUUGUUUGGAAUGAUAGAGUUUGUCUUCCUGAGUUACAGUUAUGUGUGUUGGUGCCCGGAUUUCCUGGAGAUGUCUGAACACCUGCCUGCCCAUGGGAAGUGGUGAAUGAAUUCCUUGUUUUGCUUUGCUUUUGUGUUCAACUUUUGCUUUACAUAUUAAAUUGUCUUUAUCUCAACCCUUUCAAUCUUCUCCUCCAUCCCACCUGGGGUGAGUGAAGGAGCAGCCUGUGAGUGGUGAUUAGUUACCAGCUGGGGUUAAACCACAACAGACUAACAGCCAGAAACACAGGAGGUAGCACAGAAAUUACCUGGGAGGAAGCAACUGCUGACUUCAGGCUGUUGUGAAAAAUUGUUGGAGCAUUUUGAAGAAGUCUUCGUACUGAUUUGCCCUGCUUUGGAUAGUUGGAGUCAGAAAGCUGGAAAAGGCGAAGGACGAGAAAGAAAGGAAGAGAGUUUUUUGCUGCCCUCUCAGAAAACAGACAACAUUGACAACUAAAAAUGUGGACAGAGCCUAUGGUGUCAGCUCUGUAACCAGGGUGUCUGCAAACAAGUGAUCUGACAACUCUGGUACUUUUAUAAUUCCAAACAAGAUGAAGAUCCCCUCUCUGCUGCUGAGACUCCCUCGUUGUUAUUUCUCCAGAAGAACUUGCUUUGGGAACUUUGGCUUUACUUCCCGAGCAGAUUUCCUGGGUGUUGAAUCUCUUGUGCCAGCGCACCGCUGUCAUACAAAAUGGAUUUGUUCAUCAAAUGGUUUGAAGAGAGAGCUGUGCCAGCAAGCAGCCCCUGAGCAGCAAGUAGAGGGACUUUCUGACCAGGAGCAGAGACUUUUAGACAGACUUUACCAUGGGCUGAUCCAGGGCCACAGAGCCUGUUUGGCUGAAGCCAUUACACUUAUAGAAUCAACUCAGAGUAGGAAGAAGAAAGUAGCGCAGGUGCUCCUUCAGAAGGUAUUAUCCUACCACAGGGAACAAGAAAAGUUAAAUCAAGGAAAGCCACUUGCCUUUAGAGUGGGGUUGUCAGGUCCUCCUGGUGCUGGAAAAUCAACCUUCAUAGAAUGCUUUGGGAAAAUGCUUACAGAAAGAAAACACAAAGUGGCUGUGUUGGCUGUAGACCCUUCCUCUAGUACAAGUGGUGGUUCCCUACUGGGUGAUAAAACACGGAUGACUGAGUUGUCAAGAGACAUGAAUGCAUACAUCAGGCCAUCUCCAACCAGUGGGACACUGGGAGGUGUCACAAGGACCACAAAUGAAGCCAUUCUGCUCUGUGAAGGAGGAGGCUACGAUGUUGUUCUUGUGGAAACAGUAGGUGUGGGCCAGUCAGAAUUUGCUGUGGCUGAUAUGGUUGAUAUGUUUAUAUUACUGCUACCACCUGCGGGUGGAGAUGAAUUACAGGGCAUCAAACGGGGCAUCAUUGAGAUGGCAGAUCUGGUUGCUAUCAAUAAGGCUGAUGGUGAUUUAGUUGUGCCUGCCCGGAGGAUCCAGGCUGAGUAUGUCAGUGCUAUGAAGCUGCUUCGCAAGCGUUCAAAGGUUUGGAGGCCAAAGGUAAUGCGCAUCUCUGCCAGAACCGGGGAGGGGAUCUCAGACAUGUGGGAUAAAAUGACUGAGUUCCGCGACCUCAUGCUCACAAGUGGCGAGCUGGUUGCCAAACGACGGAAACAGCAGAAAGUGUGGAUGUGGAACCUCAUCCAGGAAAACAUGCUGGAGCAUUUCCGGAGUCACUUGGCUGUCAAGGAUAAGAUCCCACUUCUGGAAGAAAAAGUUCUUAGAGGAGUCUUGUCUCCUGGGCUGGCAGCAGACCUGCUGCUGAAGGCAUUCAAAGAUGAAGACAGAAUUACUUCCAACCAAAAGCACUUUCAUUUUCCCUUGAGAAAAAUCUAGAGGAAACAUUUUUCUGAUCCAUGAUCUAGAAAGCAGAGCUCAUCUGGUACCCACUAAAUGUGAAGGAUAAGGUGGAAAAGUGCUAGUUUUUGGAGACCUGACAGUAAAGCCUGUAAAGCACGAGAAUUUGUGAGCCUGUUGGAGCUUAGAUAAAUUAAUUUUUAAAGAAAUACAUUGGAAGGGAUGAUUUUCACAGUUUUGAUUUUCUGGACAUGUACAUAAAAGGUAUGGUGACUUUAGCUUAAUUUCACCUGUUUUGUUUCUGGCAACCCAAUUCCAGUACAGUAGUGAGCUGGGUUAUGUAAAUCCUCUUUUUACCUUCAUGGUGUUUGUUUUUGUUUGGGUUUUUUUCUCCUCAAAAUAUUUUUUCUCUUCUUGCCCCUUGUCCCAGAUAUAUCAUGUUCCAAAUUUUUGCCUACAAGCACUGUUUGCAGUGAAACACUGAGGAAGAGCAUUGUGAUGUUUUGGGGGCCAUGGAGCUGAGGUAUUUCUUUGGUAAGCAAGUUAGUACUGGGGUAGCUGGUAUUAGUGUUUCCACCACCUAAAGUGUCAGAACUUUGGAGCUCUGACCACUUCCUCCUUUUCUUUAUCACUGCUUUGGGAUUGCUGCAGUUACAAAGAAGCAGCUGAAGGAGCGUAUGGAGUGGCAGAAACACGGUGGCUUUGUUAUAACCAUGCUGAAUUUUUAUUUAAACAGCCUCUAUUGAAUAUGACAGAGUGCCCCAAACCAAAAGCAAUGUCUUGUGUCCUUUGAGUCCUUUCAGCUUUAAAUACUGACUGUAUUUCAUGGUACCUUGUAGAAGAAAUGGCAGGUGGGAAAUGAAUUAACGAGUGAAGCAGCAUUUUAACUGGUGUGUUCUCAACUUUCUGAUAGUCCCUUUGUUUCAGGUGGCAGUUUUUGAGGUGACCCCAUUUGUGUUUAUCUGUUUGAUCAAACCCUUACUAUGGUCAUUACUUCUUCUUCUGUCAGGGACUGCUGUUUUCCUUGUCUGUUAUACAUGAGCUGCCAAGCAAGUAAAACAACCUGCAGCUUUGUUUAAAUGACACUUGCUCAAGCAGAAUAUGUUUUAUAACUUCUGUAUUUGUUUUCUGGAUGCAGAUCUGCUGAUCCACUCAAGCUAUGGGCUAUCAUUAUUUUCUCAUUUUGUUGCUUCUUUUAUAGUAUUGUUAAUUUACAAAUGAACUCUUAGCAGAAGUGCAAUGGCUUAAGCAGGCAUUUUCCUCUUACAGCAGAGCAUUAAAUGAAAAUCUGAUUUGCCUUCUUUAUGUGUUCAGUCAUGCCUCAUGCUUCAGUAGAUGGAGAAAUAUCCAUACAUUGAGAGGAAUCUUUAGAAAUGAAACAGUAAAUGAGGGUCCCUGUUUUAUUUUUCAGUGAUUCCCCUACCAAACUGAAAAGCUGUCCUAUGCAAACUGUGAACUGAGCCUUCUAUAUGGUAAUGAAAUAGCUUGUUUUACAGCCUGUAAAAUUUUGCUGUGAUACAUUUUGGAGUCAACUGCUGUUCAGUUAAUUGUGCAGUUUUUUUUGUGUUCUUGUGGGCUGGGCAGCUGCAUUGUCUUCAGAAGGACUGCAGGGCUUCAGCUGGUCAGCUACAACUCUGUAAACAAUCUACUAUGUCCCAAGAUAGGGAAGAACAUUUCCAGCUCAUCAUUUUUAGUGCUGUGGGAUUAUCUUGGCUAAAAUGCAUUAAAAUACUGUAUUCGAGUAAACAGGCUUCUGAAAAAAGAUAGCAAACAAAUCUGUUGAGUAGGAUGUUGACAUAUUCUUAGUUUUUGGAGUUGUCAAGCUGCUCUCAUGUUAACACUUAAACCCACAGCUAUUGCAGAAUAGUUUGGGAAAAUAAUAUAACUUCAUGUGAAGCCAAUAGCAAGAUGAAGUUUGUAGCUGGAGAUACGCUGUUAGACAAAUGAGUAUGGGAGGUAAGGAAUAAACUGUUUAGAUACACAAAGUCGUUUGCUACAAAGUCUUGCAGUUGUCUGUAAGUGUGAAACUUUUCCCCAGGUCCCUGUGUAAUAGAUAUUGCUGGUGUUUCACAGCUGGAAAAAACAAGUGUGGUGAGAUCAAGUGGUUUACCCAGGACUCUGAAACAGGUCAGAGGCUGUAAAGGUUACAGUUCAAUAGUCUUUACUCUGAGCCCCACAUAUAUUUACAGCCACGUUACUUAAGGUUGAAAAAAUGCUCUUAGCAAGUUCAUGCUCUUAGUGUGACUUAUUCCUUUCAUAUCUAAUCUCUCUGUUACCAGUGACAGGACCCAGUGACCCCUUCUUGACUACUGUUCUGUUGUAAUGUCCUGCUUUAAGUAAUAAAAAACUUUCCUUUGA